UUAUAUAUAAUCUCUCACCCCUCAUCGCCUUCUCAUCUCACCCUAUUCACCACCGAUUUUCCCCAAAUUUUCUACAAACCCUAAAAACACACAAAGCCGAGUUUCCGCUUUUACCGUUUUCCGUUCUCCGUUCAUCACCCGAUUUUGCAAUCAAUCAUUCCUUCCUCCCUCAACUCCAUCAUCAUCUUUUUGGGUUGUUUUCUAAUUUUACUAUCGAAAACCCUAACUUCUGAUUUUUGUUUUCUUUAGGUUUGUAAUUACUAAUUGAGGGAAAUUUAUUUUCCUUAUCCUUUUAAGGUUGUUUUAGGUGAAUCAUUUUGGGGUUUUCGAUUAUUGAAUUCAAUUUCUGAUCUGGUUUUACAAUUUUGACAUUUCAAGCUAAGAACUUCGUUUAUCCGAAAUUUAGGAAAUUGCUUUAAAGAUUGAUUGUAUAUUAUUAUAUUAGUUUUUUUUGGGCGAAGUGUUGAACUUGUUUUAGAUCUUUGUUUAGAAUAAACCCUAGAAAUUAAUAAAACAAAAAUUCCCUAAUAUCUAAACUCUGAUUUUCCACUGGAAAAUCAAUUAUUGGGAAGAAAUAGUGGGUUGACAAGUUUUUUCUUGGGGAUUAAAUUAGUGAAUUGAAGAUCAAAGAGGAAACAAAUGGCGGGUGGAGGAAGCAGGAAAAACAAUGAAGCUUCAAUUACUAUUAUCAAUUCAAAUGGUUUUGCAGCUCUUGAUACUUUAAGGAAGAAGAAAAACAAGGAUAAGAGUAAGAGUGGUAGUAGUAAGAGCUCUUCUAAGGUUGCUGAGAAGGAACAGGAAGAGACUCCAGUUUAUUGGCAACCCACUCAAUUGAGUGCUAAGUCAUGGGCAGAUGUCGAGGAUGAGGAUGAUGAUGAUUUUUACACCACUACUGCUCCUUUGCAGUCUCCUUGGGGUGCUACAGCUUCGCAAUCGCAGCCCGGCAAGGAGGCCGCUGGUCCUGAAGAGGAUAGUGAAAGUGAAGAUGAUAUUUUAUAUCUAGAUGAUGAGGAGAUUGAGGAAGAGCAUGAACAUGAAACAGAGGUUCCUGUACACCCAGAUCCAGUGGUUAAGAAAGUGUCUGAAGUCCCUGCUCCACCUAAAGAAACCGAGAGGCAGCUUUCAAAGAAGGAAAGGAAGAAGAAGGAACUUGAAGAGCUAGAUGCCCUUCUUGCUGAUUUAAGAUUCCAGAGCAACAAUGGUCAAGAUGCUGGACAAGAUAAGAGAACAGAGGAGUCAAAGAAAGAAGGCAAUUCAGAGAAUGGGGAGAAGAAGGACAGUGGUGCUGCAGAACCUAAAAGUGCAAAGAAAAAGAAGAAGAAAGACAAGGCUUCCAAGGAAUCUAAGGAAACUCAAGAUCAGCCUAAUAAUACCCCAGAGGUGAAUGUUGAGCCUACUGAAUCAGCUGAACAUGCAGAAGAGGAUGAAACAUCUGUGAACGUGAAAGAAAGGUUGAAGAAAUUGGCUGCGUCUAGGAAGAAGAAAUCGAGCAAGGAGAUGGCUCCUGUGAAAGCAGCAGCAAGUGAGGCUGCUGCGAGGAGUGCAAAACUUGCAGCUGCAAAGAAGAAAGAGAAGAACCAUUACAACCAGCAGCCUGUAAGGUAAAGCAUCAAGGAUUUUUUAUCCCUUGUACACAGGUCAAAUGUACGCUUUUGCUUGUUUGUUGGUGCACAAAAUAAGGUGUUGGGAAUGAAUCUGCUCUACUUAUUUUUGCUUUGGACAACCUUGUUUAUGUAAUAGUCUAGAACAAAUCAUCCAUUUUUGGAGUCUCAGAUCUUUACUACUGCCUACUUUGUAAUGUGGUAAUAUUAUCAACAGUUUCUCAUGAUAAUAAUCUUUUACUAAAUGUUUACUUGAA